UUUGAUUGAAAGAGUAUAUAAAGGAGGUGAAUAAAACAAUUUGAAUUAUUAUUAACUAAUUUGAUUUUGAAUCUAUUAUUUUGAUUGUUUUAAAUUCAUCACAAGAAAUAAUCAUGAACCGAUUUUUAGCCAUUACUUUUGUCAUCGUCAUCUCAUCAUGCUAUGGUGAUGCUCUUUGGAGUGGAUCUACAUUCGGAACAUGGACUAAAGGAAUGACUCCUUGUGAGAUUUGCAAGUCUGAAGUUGAUGCGAAAAUAGUUGAUUUGAAAAAAGCUGCAAAUGAGUUCUUACCUAAACUUAAGAAACACUGUGGUAUAUACCCAACUCCUGAAGGAUCUUGCGAUUCUUAUGUUAAAGUAUUCGAGGCUUCAUAUGACCUUCUUAUCGAACGACAAAAUAAACCUGAAGAGCUUUGUACUUACUACAGUGUCUGUGAGUCUAAUUCAACCCUUGACAUCAGUUUACCAGAUAUUCCCGCUGCUCCAGUUACACCCAAACAAAUUCCUUCCAAAGUUUAUAAUGAGACCCUUUGUAAGGAAUGUACCUUCAUUGUCGCUUCUGUCACUUACAUGGGUCCGGGACAUGAUGCUAACUCUAUCGCCGCUGAAGCUGAAAAUGGUUGUUUAUGGUGGAUUAAAACUGAACCGAUUCCAAGUAAAGAAGAUUACAAAAAGUGCUAUGAGCUCAACUCAGUUUACUUCAAUCCAAUUACCGAUAACAUCCUCGACAAAACCACUCAGAACUAUUUGUGUUGGGAUCUUUUCGAUGUUUGUGAUCCUGCACAGAAACCAAGCGAAUUGGUUUUACCUUAUGGUGAACUAAAAUCAACCAAUUAAAUGAAUACACUUUUUCAGUAUCGAUAUUUAAAUGUAUCAAUCAGUCACAAAUUAAGAAUAAAACUUCUUGCACUCAUUUAA